GCGGCGCAGCGGGUGCAGGGCAGAGCGGGCGGCGGUGCGCGAUGCCCGGGAUGUGGCACCGGCUGGCGGGAGGCGAGCCCGGCCGCCUGGAGACCUCGGACUGCGAGUCGCUAGGCAGCGCCUCCGGGUCGGAGGGAGAUGCUGAAUACGUUGAUGGUGUCUCCCUGCCGGAUCUGGACCUGCUGCAUGACCCUGAAGAUGAGCUGCUGUGUGCCAACCUGAUGGACCUGGUCCAGAGCACGCUGGGCAGAGCCCCGCUGGGCGCCAAGCGCUGCUCCCGGCUCCUCAUGCCGGCCCAGCUGCUGGCGCAGGUGAGGACGGAGCUGCUGCGCUUGGCCUGCAGUGAGCCGUGUGGGCUUCGUGGGGCCCUCCUUGAUCUGUGUGUGGAGCACGGCAAGGCCUGCCACGACGUGGGGCACAUCACCGUGGACCCGGCCGUGGUGCCCACCUUCCAGCUCACCCUGGUGCUCCGGCUGGACUCCCGCCUGUGGCCCAAGAUCCAGGGACUCUUCACCUCGGGACCGGCUUUCACGCCGCUGAAGCUGAGCACGGGCUUCAGGGUCAUCAAGAAGAAGCUGUACAGCUCCGAGCAGCUGCUCAUAGAGGAGUGCUGAUGGGCUGUGCCACAGAAGGGACUUACCCAAGUGCUUUGGAAGAGCUGGUUAGAGCGUGGCGGCUCCUGGCAGCUGCUGUAGUUUAGGUUAGGCUGGAGUAGGGCUGUAGGUGGAAGUAGUUGGGGCAGGCGGGGGGCCCCGCGGAGCGCCUGCCUGUGCCGGGGCAUCCCUAGCAGCAGAGCGGGCCAGGACACGGGCGGAGGUUGCUUCACACUGUCGAUGAUUGUGGGGUGAUUGCGGUGACUGCGCUCCCGGAUGUGGCAGCCGGGCUGCUGGGGGCAGGCAGCCUCCUCCCGUUGGCUGAUUAAUCAUGGGGUUUUUGUAACAAGGAUUGUAAUCAAUGGGGUUUCUGGGGGAGGGGCUGUGUGGGAGUGAGUGACAGCUGAGCUGUAAGUUCGGAUCAAAGGCAAAACCCCACUGCUGGCAUCUGGGCAGCUCUGUGCGGGCUCCCCGUGUUGCAGGAGGAGGGUCUGAAAUCGCGUUGGGUUUUGGAUCGUGAGAGGGGAGAGUGAAUGGUGGGAGAGGUGACACAGGGAUGGAGGGCAGGACCCCUCACCGUGACACGCUGUGGGUGCUUCAUUGGUUACAGUUUACACUCCUACACUUGAUGUUCAAGUGCAAGACUUCCUAUGCAAUCGUGUCGGUGGUUUUUUUACUUUUCUAAUAAAAUUUGUCUUAAUUGAUAA